UGACGAAAACUUUAACCUUUUCUUCUUAAGUUUGAGAUUAGCGGGAUAUCGCGUGCUGUUGGCAUGGAAUGACACCUUUCCACUCGCGGCGGAAGAAGAAAAACGAGGAGCUUUUGAGAACACGAUGGCAACACAGUUUCAAAUGUGGAUCACUCUCACCUCUCUGCUCUCCUUGGGCGCUUGUGUUCUGGCGGAAAAGAAAGUAUGCCAAGGUAUCACCAACAGAUUGAACCUCCUGAACUCCAAAGAGGACCACUACCUGAACAUGGUGAAGACUUACAGCAACUGCACUGUGGUCUUGGAGAAUUUGGAGGUCACGCAUAUGGAGAAUCACCAUGACCUGUCUUUCCUCAGGUCUAUUCAGGAGGUGGGAGGCUACGUACUGAUCGGCGUCAACAUGGCUUCCAGGAUUCCCCUAGACAACCUGCGUAUCAUCCGAGGACAUUCCCUGUUCGAAGGCGGUUAUGCCCUCACUGUGCUGGGCAACUACAACAAAUCUUUGGCUCAGGGCACCACCGAGCUUAUUCUGACCAGCCUGACAGAAAUUCUUAACGGAGGAGUUAAGUUCUCAGGCAACCAGCUGUGCAAUGUGGAGACAAUCCAGUGGUAUGAUAUUGUGAACGGUGACAGUAAACCCAACAUGGAUCUCCCACAGCCUAGCAACAACUUGCUUUGCAAAAAGUGUGACUCAAGUUGUUUCAACGGCUCAUGCUGGGCACCUGGUCCUCAGAACUGUCAAACAUUGACAAAGCUGAAUUGCGCGCAGCAGUGCUCCAAGAGAUGCAAAGGUCCCUCACCCAGCGACUGCUGUAAUGAGCAUUGUGCUGCUGGCUGUACAGGACCCAGGCCUACCGACUGUCUGGCCUGUCGGGACUUCCAGGACGAUGGGGUUUGUAAGGAUUCCUGCCCGGGCCUUAUGCGCUAUGAACCCAGCUUGCAUCAGCUCAUUCCCAACCCUCAUGGAAAGUACAACUUUGGGGCCACCUGCGUCAAGACCUGUCCACAUAACUAUGUUGUGACGGACCACGGCGCAUGUGUGCGGACAUGCAGCGGUAACACGUACGAGGUGGACGAGGGAGGAGUCAGGAAAUGUGCCAAGUGUGAAGGACUGUGCCCAAAAGUUUGCAAUGGAACUGGGAUGGGACAUCUGGCCACUACCCUGGCUGUCAACGCCUCCAACAUCGACUCUUUCAAAAACUGCACCAAAAUCAAUGGCAACAUUGCGAUCAUGCACUCCACAUUUAAUGGGGAUGACUUUACCAAAACUCCAAAGAUGGACCCUGCAAAGCUUGAGGUGUUUAAGACAGUGAAAGAAAUAACUGGAUACCUAUUGAUUCAAACAUGGCCAGAGAACAUGACAUCACUUAGUCCCUUUGAGAAUCUGGAGAUCAUCCGUGGGCGAACGAAGCGGGGUAGUCGCAGUCUGGCUAUUGUCCAACUGGGAAUCAGCCACUUGGGUCUUCGCUCCCUGAAGGAGAUCAGUGAUGGAAGCAUAAUCAUCACUAGUAACCCCAAUCUAUGCUACACCAGGAAAAACCACUGGAAGAGGCUCCUUAAGUCAAAAGGCCAAUCUCUUAAAAUAGAGGACAACGCAGACGAUGCCACCUGUGCUCAGCAGAACAAAACUUGUGACAGGAAGUGUACAAAGGACGGCUGCUGGGGCCCGGGCCCCGCCAUGUGCUUUGCCUGUCGUGACUACAGCCGUGAUGGGAGCUGUGUUGACUCCUGCAACAUCCUGGAAGGAGAACCACGAGAGGCAGUAGUGAAUCAAACCUGCAUGCAGUGUGACUCUGAGUGUCAGCCCCUGAAUGGAACCGCGACCUGCAGUGCGCCUGGUCCUGGAAAUUGUACCAAGUGUGCCAGCUUCCAGGAUGGACUGUUCUGUGUGUCUCGUUGUCCCCAAGGCGUGCCAGGGAAGGAUGAUACUCUUGUCUGGAAAUACGCAGAUAAGAUGAAAGUGUGCCAGCUGUGCCACAAAAACUGCACCCAAGGAUGCAUUGGGCCUGGUGUUAAAGGCUGCCACAGUAAAAGCCAGUCCGGCCUUUCCAUGAUUGCGGCUGGUGUGGUCGGUGGCCUGCUGGCUGUCAUCAUCGCAGGCCUGUCCGUGUUUGUGUUGUUACGCCGACGCCGCAUCAAGAGGAAGAGGACAAUGCGCAGACUCCUCCAAGAGAGACAAUUGGUUGAACCUUUGACUCCAAGCGGAGAGGCACCUAACCAGGCUCUGCUCCGGAUCCUGAAGGAACCCGAGUUCAAGAAGAUCAAAGUGCUGGGAUCAGGGGCGUUUGGUACAGUGUACAAGGGCCUGUGGGUUCCAGAGGGCGAGGAUGUGAAGAUCCCUGUGGCCAUCAAGGUUUUGAGAGAGGCCACAUCAUCAAAGGCAAACAAAGAGAUCUUAGAUGAGGCUUAUGUGAUGGCCAGUGUGGACCACCCUCAUGUGUGUCGUCUGCUGGGCAUCUGCCUGACCUCCACAGUGCAGCUGGUCACCCAGCUGAUGCCCUACGGCUGCCUACUGGACUAUGUCAAGGAGAACAAGGAUAAUAUCGGCUCCCAGUACCUGCUCAACUGGUGUGUGCAGAUAGCCAAGGGUAUGAACUACCUGGAGGAACGCCACUUGGUGCAUCGUGACUUGGCAGCCAGGAACGUCCUGGUGAAGACGCCUCAGCAUGUCAAGAUCACUGACUUCGGUCUGGCCAAGCUCCUCAACGCAGAUGAGAAGGAGUACCACGCAGAUGGAGGAAAGGUACCGAUAAAAUGGAUGGCUCUUGAAUCCAUCCUGAACAGGACGUACACGCACCAGAGUGAUGUAUGGAGCUAUGGUGUUACAGUUUGGGAGCUGAUGACGUUUGGGACCAAGCCUUAUGAUGGUAUUCCAGCCAGUGAAAUAGCCGGGGUCCUUGAGAAAGGGGAGCGGCUACCUCAACCACCCAUUUGUACCAUCGACGUCUACAUGAUCAUGGUGAAAUGUUGGAUGAUCGAUGCAGAUAGCCGGCCUCGUUUCCGGGAACUAAUGUCUGAGUUCACAAAAAUGGCCCGUGAUCCCUCCCGUUAUCUUGUCAUCCAGGGUGAUGACCGCAUGCACCUGCCGAGUCCUACAGACACCAAAUUCUAUCGCAGCCUGAUCAGCGGAGAGGACAUGGAGGACGCUGUGGAUGCAGAUGAGUACCUGGUGCCCCAACACGGCUUCUUCAGCAGCCCGAGCACCUCCCACGCACCACUCCUCCAGUCCACAAGUCUCAACAGCAGCAUCGGAACAUGCCACAGCAGAAAUGGCUUACUGAAUGGAUUCCCAGGCAGAGAAGGAAGCAUGGUUCUUCGGUACAUCCCUGACCCCACGGACAAAAUUUUAGAUGACGCCUUUCAGCCAGCUCCAGACUACAUGAAUCAGAAUGGAGUCUCAGACAUGAUGAAUCCCAUCUAUCAGCACCCUGGUCCCCCUCGCAGCAUUCUUCCCACCAUCUCGUCAGACGACACCGAGACAGAGUACCUGAACUGCUUUAAGAACGAGGCCUCCGGUCCCGAAUACCUUAAUGAGUUCCAGAGAUCUCCUGCCAUUCUUUUGCCCACCGUCAAUGGCACUGUCCACAGCACACAGAAAUAUAAGCCCCAGAAUAGUAUAGACAACCCCGACUACCAACAGGAUUUCACUCCCACCUUCAAAGCCCACACCAAUGGACACAUCCCAGCAGCGGAGAAUGCAGAGUACCUGGGCCCAGACUGAGGCCUAAAGAUGACCCCAUGCCCUGAAGCGAAAGGAUCUACAUGCAGACAUAAAAAAAUAGACUGUUUCCUGCUCCGUUAAGAAAGGGCAUUGAUGGCUGGUGGUACCAUGAAUUCUCUUAUUUGUUGUAUCCGGUCUUAAGGAGCCAAGUGACAUGCUGUGCAGCUUCCCGUGUUGUUAGCAUGCUGUCAUACUUGCAAAAACUCGCCUCAUUCCAAAGAGUUUCCCAUACCAACAAACAGCAAAUGACUGGAUCAAAGCUACAUGAAAGGAUACUUGGUGAAAAUACCUCAGUGGAACUGAGAAUUGCUCCACUAGAUACACUCCACCCAAAUGUUAUAGCCCCUGUUAGAAAGUUAAAAUUAGUGCACAAAAUGCUAUGAUCUGAAUGUAUUGCUGGAGGAAAGCUAUGAAACUGUAAAUGCCUCCAUUUAUUCUAAGGCAAAACCUGUGUUGCAAAGAAAUUGACAAAAAAGUGGCAGCUCAUCCUGAAACCCAGCUCAAGGUACAUGUGUUGUAGAGAUCAGACCUAAAAGAACACAAUCAGUAAACAGUAUUGAUGAGUUAGUAUCGAAAAGGUUUGACAACUGCUCUCUCAGCAGUUGCAAAUGAGCACCAACUUUUGCAGGACUUUGAUGUGAAGCCUCAAGAACAUUUUCACAUUUCUCUGAUAACGUCAAGAAGAUGAAUGGGAGCUUCAGCGUGAAGUGCUGGCUGGACUGUUGGGGUCUUCAGAGGCCUGACGACACUCUUCCUGAGGGACGAGUCAAUGAGGAAACAAUAAGAUUUAAUGUUGCAUUGUGUAGUCAGUUUAAAGGGGAAUACUGCUGAGAUUCAGCUGUUAAAUAUGUUACUUCUGGGCCCUUGGACAGCUCUGUUUCCAUUGGUACAGACUCCAUUUCUGUCUCCCGUAGCUCAAAACUAAAGAGUCAAGUUCUUUGUCACCCCUGAUCUGUGAUAUCACACAGAUGUUUAAGUCAGUAGACAAUAAAAUAGAAAAAAUGGCAAAGGUGAGUGCUCCAUUUUCUAGUUCCAGAACAUCGUCAUUCCUAUAAUAUGAAGCUUUUUUUAUUCAAAUACUGUAUGGGUCUACAAAGUUAUGGCUUUAUGUCAUAUGUCAUACGCCUGAUUUAUCUGAUUACUUUGCACAGAUGACAAAAGUCAGAACUUAGCAAAAUUUUGGCGCUCAGAGCACUCAUUGCCAGAUACUGUAUAUUCAGCAUACUUGACCAGGAAACAGUCUGAAAGAAACAGCAGUGGCCGGAGCCACUUCCUGUCAGCAUUACUAACUAAAAAAAGGGAUGACAAAGUAGCUUAGAGUUAGGGCUAUCUGGCACCUAGGUUUAGGGAAGUUACUUUUGUUAAUUCGUAGUGGUUGAGCUGCCUCAUAGGCUAUGAAAAAAAACAUUUGAAUGUUUAGUCAAAGCGGUAUUCUCCUUUAAAUACACUGUUGUAGAGAGAAGCUGUUUUGAUGCUCCAUCACAUGACAGAAAUGGAGGAUGUUUCAACUGUUGGUGGUCUAAUGUAAUUAUAUUGUUACUAGGAGUCCUCUCCUUGUCUGAUUUUUUUUUUU